UACGUGCAUUGAACCCCCGGCCAAACUUAACAUUCACACACCCACACGUAUACCAAGCCCCACUUCAAUCUCCCCCAACCCACCUCCCUCCCCUCAAAAAUCUUCUUUCUUCUUCUUCUUCUCUCCUCUAUCUGAGCUUGCCAAACUACGACCUCCACCGUCCAUGGCGGCCAGAUUUUCUGUCUGCCCAAGCUCUCGGUCCUUCCGUUUGGGCCGAAACCCAUUCCUCUGUCCAAAACCCAAUUCCGUCAUCACUCCCACUUAUCUAUUCUCUUUGCCAAUUCGCCGGUUCGAUACGAUGCUUCGGUCUGGUCGGAAGACAACGACGACGGUCUGUUUCGUGGUAGAGGACAAGAAAUUGAAUACCCAAGUUGAAACUAACGAAGAGGAGGGUGAGCAUGAGGAAAUUGAGAAACAGAUCUCGGCGGCACGCUUGGCAGAGAAGCUUGCCAGGAAGAGUUCAGAGCGAUUUACUUACCUUGUCGCCGCAGUCAUGUCUAGUUUUGGUAUUACUUCCAUGGCGGUCUUCGCUGUUUAUUAUCGAUUUUCUUGGCAAAUGGAGGGUGGAGAGGUCCCCUUCUCGGAGAUGUUUGGUACAUUUGCUCUCUCAGUGGGCGCUGCUGUGGGGAUGGAGUUUUGGGCGAGAUGGGCUCACAGGGCGCUCUGGCACGCUUCGUUAUGGCAUAUGCACGAGUCUCACCAUAAACCAAGAGAAGGACCCUUUGAGCUGAACGACGUCUUUGCCAUUAUAAACGCCGUUCCUGCCAUUGCCCUCCUCUCCUACGGUUUCUUCCACAAAGGCCUUGUUCCUGGUCUCUGUUUCGGAGCUGGUCUUGGAAUUACAGUGUUUGGGAUGGCCUAUAUGUUCGUUCACGACGGUCUCGUUCACAAAAGAUUCCCGGUGGGCCCCAUUGCCAACGUACCCUACCUCCGAAGAGUCGCCGCGGCUCACCAGCUCCACCAUUCAGACAAGUUCAACGGAGUCCCAUAUGGACUGUUCUUGGGACCCAAGGAACUUGAGGAAGUGGGAGGGCUUGAUGAGUUGGAAAAGGAGGUUAAUCGCAGAAUUAAAUUAUCCAACAGUUCGUGAUCAAUUGCUUGUGAUACAUUUUAAUUUUAUCAGUGUAGAAAAAUAUUAUAGUUUUACUAAUAAAAUGAUUCUGAGUUGCUUUUUUGGUUCA